AAAUAAAAAAGAUUUGGUACUAUCUACGCAAACACCUGAAAGAGUUGAGAGAGUUUGAGCUAAACUCUGUGCAAAAUGGUAGAGAGAUUCUUCUUGGCGAGUCAAAUGGAGCAGCCCGAUAGCCACAACCAGUCCGACCUAGACCCAGACCCAGACCCAAUUAUGCUUCUCUCCGGACCUCCUUCCUGUGGAAAGAGUUCGUUACUAUUCCAGUUUGCAUUCAACUCCGCAAUAGAUGGAAAUAGGAAUGUUGUGUUCAUAUGCAACCGCCGCAAGUUAGAAAGCAACCCUCCUUUUCUCUCUCAGGGCAUCAAUCCAUCCUCAGAUACCUUUCAGUCUAUACAAAUGAAAUAUGUGGAUGAUGAUGAAGGAAUCAAGAACUAUUUUGCUGCAUUCCACCUGCAUGAUACAUUUCCUGCGGCAGUUGUUGUCGAUGAUUUUGGGGACUUCUUUGAGGACAGGAGCUGCCAAGAGAAAUAUAAUAAUCCUCGUGGAAGAGACUUGGCAAUGGUUCGGACUUUAGCUUUAUGUCACAAUGCAAUUAAUCAUGCUAACAAGACGAUGCCUUGCAAGCUUCUCUUGUCAGAUACACACCACGGAGACUCCCCAAGGUUGCUUUUCAUCUAUAAGAGAUGGGUUCCUACUAUUUUUACAAUUAAAGGUGGUGGCUCAGGAUCAUUUAUUCUGAAAAGCAACAGCAAUUCAGGCAGUGGCAGCUCAGUGAGGAUCAGAACUGCAAAGUACUCCAUAGCUUUGCAGUAUCUGAUUUUGGAGGGGAUAACCGAAGACAGUGAACAGUAACAUUGUUUGUAGAUUCAGUCUAUGAAAAUAUAGUUGUUAAAUUACUCUCUGCUGAAUGAACUGAAGUGUCUGAGUUCUACUAAGUCAUUCUCAUUUUUGGAUAAUUUCUGUCACAAUGUAACUUCUAGUUGUUUAGAAAUACUUGAACUUUGUGAUAUUUAUAUCUUCUGGUAUAUGAUAUGAAUCUCAGUAUUCAAAAUUCUAUAAGCAGGGGUAUUAUGAAUUCAGCUCCAAUUUUUGUUUGUUGUAA